ACUUUAGUUUAUUGUCUCGAGCUGUUUUGCUUACAGUGAGUCAGGAGCUCGAAAAGGACCGAGAAUUUAGCGAAUAAUAACAAAUAACUCCGUUUAGUUCCUUUUUUACCACAUUCAAGCCCAGUUAUGCCAUCCGACAGGCCCUUCAAACAGAGACGGAGCUAUGCUGAUCGUUGCAAGGAAGUGCAGCAGAUACGAGAGCAGCAUCCCAAUAAAAUUCCUGUGAUCAUUGAGAGGUAUAAGGGGGAAAAGCAACUUCCCGUCUUGGACAAGACCAAGUUCCUCGUUCCUGACCAUGUUAACAUGAGUGAGCUGGUAAAGAUAAUCAGGCGUAGACUGCAGCUCAACCCCACCCAGGCGUUUUUCCUUCUUGUCAACCAGCACAGCAUGGUCAGUGUGUCCACCCCCAUUUCUGAGAUCUACGAACAAGAGCGAGAUGAAGAUGGCUUCCUCUACAUGGUUUACGCCUCCCAGGAGACCUUUGGUUGCUAAGCCGGCCACUCGCCCUUUGAGGGAGGGACAGCAGAGGGAGGAAGAGACGUCAACAGGAAGCAGGCUCACCCAAAUGUACUCAUCAUCCCUGCUCUUUCCUUACUGGUAUGAAACAAAAUAAAGCCGUUGUUUCUUCUCCAUGUGACACUACAGUGCAAACCACAGCACAACCGUAAACACUAUUCAGACCCUUUGCCCCAUUUUAAACUUAGUUGUUGUUUUUUGUAUAAGCUCAAUAUAGGUAUUACACUGUUAAUACUUUGUAUUUGGCCCCAGUUGCUUUUUUCCCCCUGGCAUUUUAUUACUUUUAGGCCGUUAUGUCAAAUAAUUAGUAGCAUAUGUUCUUGUAAAUAAGUGAGUGUUUAUUUUUGGAUUAAUUUGCUUUUUCUGUCUGUUUGCUUAUAGUAAUUUCCUGUUGCCAGACCUUAGUGGUGCUGGUGUAAGAUUAUAAAAUCUUACUUCAGAAUUAAGUGCUUAUUAAUCAUAAUGCAGCGUAGUUCUCAUCAAAUUUCCUGUCAGAUGCAUUCUGUGGUUCCCAAAACAAAA